AGGUCAAGAAGACUGAGUAAUGAACAGUGGCAAAAAAUACCAUUUGGAAGUUGUUGUCGUUAGUGUUGGUGUCGGCGUUUGACUAAAAUUAUUGUCGGAACUAGUGACAAUUGUGAAAAAUGCAAUAGAUCGAAAAGUAUAUGUUCCUGUUUGUUUAUUGUGUUUUCCUAUUCAGUGUUUGACGUGUUUUAUUUCUUUAAUAAUGGCUUUGGGCAAUGGGAGCACAACUAAUGGGGGUGUUACCCAAGAAAAAGCCCCAGUGGUCAAUGGGACUAACAUGGAAACUCUGCCCAGGACAGGAAAACAGACUGAUCCAAACACAGCAUUCCUCAGGGCAGCCAGAGCAGGACAACUAGAUAAAAUUAUAGAAUAUCUAGAUUCUGGUACGGUUAGGGAUAUUAAUACGUCAAAUGCUAAUGGUUUGAAUGCCCUUCAUUUGGCGUCAAAAGAUGGUCACAUAGAAAUUGCUCGAGAAUUAUUAAAACGGGGUGCUAUUGCAGACGCAGCGACCAAAAAAGGAAAUACCUCAUUACACAUAGCUUCUCUCGCUGGUCAAGAAGAAAUUGUUCGACUGCUAGUUCAACAUGGUGCUGCUUUAAAUGUUCAAUCCCAAAAUGGUUUCACUCCACUAUAUAUGGCAGCACAAGAAAAUCACGAUGGCUGUGUACGAUAUUUGUUAUCUAAAGGAGCUAAUCAAGCAUUAGCAACGGAGGAUGGAUUUACGCCAUUGGCAGUUGCAAUGCAGCAAGGUCAUGAUAAAGUGGUUGCUGUACUACUGGAAAACGACACUCGGGGCAAAGUCCGUCUACCCGCCUUACACAUCGCUGCCAAAAAAGAUGACGUCAAAGCUGCCUCUCUUCUCCUACAGAACGAACAUAACCCCGACGUCACUUCGAAAAGCGGAUUUACGCCUUUACACAUCGCAGCUCAUUAUGGAAACGACAAAGUUGCUUCUCUUUUAUACGAAAAAGGAGCUGACGUAAAUUAUACUGCAAAACACAACAUCACUCCCCUUCACGUAGCCAGUAAAUGGGGUAAAAUUAAUAUGGUAUCCCUGUUAGUGGCGAAAGGAGCUGAUAUCCAAGCAAAAACUCGAGACGGUUUAACACCAUUACAUUGUGCAGCUAGAAGUGGACAUGAUCAUGUUGUUGACUUAUUAUUAGAAAAUGGAGCUCCCAUGCACGCUAAAACAAAGAAUGGUCUUGCACCUUUACACAUGGCAGCUCAAGGUGAACAUGUUGAUGCAGCUAGAAUUCUUCUUUAUCACGGUGCCCCAGUUGAUGAAGUCACCGUAGAUUAUCUGACAGCCCUUCACGUUGCAGCUCAUUGUGGACACGUUAGAGUUGCCAAACUAUUAUUAGACAGAGGAGCAGAUCCAAAUGCUAGAGCGCUUAACGGUUUUACACCUCUUCACAUAGCAUGUAAAAAAAAUAGAAUAAAGGUCGUGGAACUACUGUUGAAGCAUGGAGCUAGUAUUGGAGCUACAACAGAAAGUGGCUUGACUCCUCUUCACGUUGCUAGCUUUAUGGGAUGUAUGAAUAUUGUUAUUUAUUUACUACAACACGAUGCUAGUCCUGAUAUACCCACUGUUCGAGGAGAAACUCCUCUUCAUUUGGCAGCUAGAGCUAAUCAAACCGACAUAAUACGUAUACUUCUUCGAAAUGGUGCCGCUGUAGAUGCAAAAGCAAGAGAAGAACAGACACCACUUCACGUUGCUUCUAGAUUGGGAAAUGUUGAUAUUGUUAUGCUGUUACUUCAACAUGGCGCCCAACCUCAAGCUAUGACAAAGGAUCUAUACACUCCACUUCAUAUAGCUGCAAAAGAAGGACAAGAAGAGGUCGCUUCAGUUCUCCUAGAUAAUGGAGCAGAUUUAACUGCCACAACUAAAAAAGGCUUUACUCCUCUCCAUCUCGCUUCCAAAUAUGGUCAUCUCAAUGUUGCCAGGCUUUUAUUGCAAAGAGAUGCUCCAGCUGACGCCCAAGGAAAGAACGGCGUAACUCCACUACAUGUAGCAGCUCAUUAUGAUCACCAACCGGUGGCACUUUUAUUAUUAGAUAAAGGUGCAUCACCACAUGCUAUUGCCAAAAAUGGACAUACACCUCUACAUAUAGCUGCUCGUAAAAAUCAGAUGGACAUCGCGACGACUCUUCUCGAAUAUGGAGCUCAAGCAAAUGCUGAAUCUAAAGCUGGUUUCACGCCUUUACAUCUGAGUUCUCAAGAGGGUCAUUCUGAUAUGUGUUCUUUAUUAUUAGAACACCAAGCUAAUGUAAACCAUAUGGCCAAGAAUGGACUCACUCCUCUUCACUUGUGUGCUCAAGAAGAUCGAGUACCAGUAGCUCAACUUUUGCUUCGAGCUGGAGCUCAAAAAGAUUCACAGACUAAACAAGGAUACACGCCACUUCAUAUUGCUUGUCAUCAUGGUCAUAUUAAUAUGGUGCGUCUUUUAAUUGAGCAAGGAGCUGAUGUAAAUCCUGCGACUUUGGCAGGUUAUACUCCGCUCCAUCAAGCUGCUCAACAAGGACACGUUUUGGUCAUCACUUUACUUUUGAAGAAUAAGGCCGAUCCUAAUGCAUUGACAAACAAUGGGCAAACUGCUUUAGGAAUAGCAAACAAAUUGGGCUACAUCAGUGUUGUGGAAGAACUUAAAGUUGUAACAGAAACAAAUAUUACAACGAUGGUAACAACUAAUAUUGAAGAAAAAUAUAAGGUUGUAGCACCUGAAGCAAUGCAGGAAACGUUUAUGUCAGAUUCUGAGGAUGAAGGAGGCGGAGUGGACGAGCAUCCAGUUGCUUAUGGCCGACCAACGCAUGCUCAGCACAUCUAUCUACCCUUCUACCAAGGACACAUGACCUAUACACGUGAUGAUCCGCUACUAGACCAACAGCAAUACAAGUAUAUGACAGUGGACGAUAUGAAGGGUUUCGGUGAUGAAUCUAUGCGACUGGACGUUACUAGCGAUGAAAAGAGCGAAUAUAAUAGAAAUUCUGUAGCUCCAUCUCAACACAGUAACGAACUGAUCAUCACUCCGCAACAUAUUAAAGAAUAUUAUUCGUCCAACAUACAUUCAGCUCCAGAUAAUGUUGAUAUCAAUCGUCAACCGAUUACAGUUGGUUUUUUGGUCUCAUUUAUCGUUGAUGCGAGAGGAGGUGCUAUGAGAGGAUGUCGUCAUUCGGGUGUAAGAGUAAUCGUACCUCCAAGAUGUGCUUCUAGCCCAACAAGAAUUACUUGCCGUUAUGUUAGACCUCAGAGAACGCCAACUCCUCCACCGCUAAUGGAGGGUGAAGCAUUGGCUAGCAGAUUAUUGGAAUUAGGUCCUGUUGGUGCUAAAUUUUUAGGACCUGUUAUAAUUGAAGUGCCUCAUUUUGCUUCUUUAAGAGGAAAACAAAGAGAAAUAAUCGUUUUGAGGUCUGAUAAUGGUGAAACUUGGAAAGAACAUACAUUAGAGGCUAGUGAAGAAGCCAUACAAGAUGUAUUGAAUCAUAGUUUUGAUGGAGAAGAAUUAAGUCAAAUAGAAGAUUUACACACCAACAGAAUAACACGCAUUCUAACGAAUGACUUUCCUCACUAUUUUGCUGUCAUCUCUCGUGUCAGACAAGAAGUACAUGCAAUUGGUCCAGAUGGUGGUACAGUCUCUAGUAUUGCGGUACCACUUGUUCAAGCAGUCUUCCCUCCUAACGCUCUAACAAAGAAAAUCAGAGUUGGUUUGCAGGCACAAGCGAUUGAGCCUGAACUUGUUUCCAAGCUCCUCGGCCAUGGAGUGGCAGUAUCUCCAAUCGUGACUGUAGAACCAAGAAGACGGAAGUUCCAUAAAGCUAUUACUUUGAGUAUGCCAGCUCCAAAAGCUCACACUCAAGGCAUGAUCAACCAGUAUCAAGGUGCUACAAACGCUACACUUCGACUGUUGUGUUCUAUUACAGGUGGUCAAAAUAAAGCUGUAUGGGAAGACGUUACUGGCUCAACACCUUUGACUUUCGUAAAAGAUUGUGUUUCAUUUACAACAACUGUGUCCGCGCGAUUUUGGCUCAUGGAUUGCAGAAAUGUUACCGAUGCUGCAAGAAUGGCCACAGAACUAUAUAAUCAGGCAAUGCACGUUCCAUUCAUGGCAAAAUUCGUUGUAUUCGCCAAAAGAGUAUCACCAGUGGAGGCAAGGUUGAGAGUAUUUUGCAUGACAGAUGACAAAGAAGACAAAACGUUAGAACAUCAAGAACAUUUCACUGAAAUUGCAAAGAGUCGAGAUGUAGAAGUAUUAGAAGGGAAAGACGUGUUUAUGGAAUUCGGUGGUAACGUAGUUCCCGUAUUACAAUCAGGAGAUCAACCAAAACUGGGUUUCAAAGCAUUUAGAGAAAAUCGUUUGGCGUUUACUGUGAGACUACGAGAUCAGGAUGAAGAAUCUUCUGGGCGCAUUAUAUUUAUGAGCGAUGCUAAGGUAGCAAGAGGCGAACCUAAUCAAACUCCGCUUUGCACUCUAAACCUCGUUCUACCGAAAGAUGUUUUGCCUAGUAGAGACUCUCAAUCAGAUCUACUUUCUUUGGAUAAAGAUCACAGCUAUCUCAUGCACGGAGGCAUCAGCAAACCUGAUACAAUUCAUAGAGCCGAUUUCAGAUUAACUGAUAUUUGUAACUUGCUCGAUGACGAUUGGGAAAAACUAGCUUUGGAAUUGGAUAUUCCACCGUCGGAUAUUGAACUUAUCAAAGAAGAAUAUCCUGAAAAUCAUCCCCAACAAGCUAUGAUCAUGUUCCGGUUAUGGUUAAGACAAAAAGCUAAUAAAGCCACUGGAAAUAAAUUGGAACAAGCUUUAAAUAAAAUAGGAAGACAGGAUAUUGUCAACAAAUGUAUAUGCAAUGUGGAAUUAGUGACCGACGAUAUGGAAAAGGCAUUAGCUAAACUUCAUUUGGAUCAAUCUGGAUUUGAUAAUUUGAAGGAAGAAUUGGGACCAUCCCGCGAUGCCUCUCUUAGACGUGAUGCGCAUGUAGAUAAAACUUUCGGAAAUAGCCAAGAUGAUUUGGAUCAAAGUGCUAAAAUAGAAAUUGUUGAAAUUCAAAACGCCGCCAAUAAGACACCCUUGACGAACGAACAUUUUGUCGACAAAAUCGAACAUUCAACUCCUCUGAAAUCUGAGCACAUAGUUAUCGAGGAAAUUGCCCAGCAACUUAACGAAUUACAUCCAACCCCAAAAAUUAGUGAUCCCCUUGCUAUUACUCCUCCUCCUAGUCCUGCCGAGUUCGGUAUCAAUGAACCAAUUUUGAAUAAUAUACAAAUGAGCCAAAAUGAAGCCGUCGAAGGCACACCAAAACCACAAUCAAACGAAACUGUCUCCGCCACAAGCGAUCCGUUCAAGAUAGAACCAUCAGAGGAGAAAAGGAUAGCUACUCUAAGAAAAAAUGUUCAUGAUACUUUAACUUUCUUACAUCAAGAAAGAAAUGAUUUUCUAUCUGAAGAUGAUAUAAUCAUUCCUAGUCGAAAAGAUGAUCACAUCUCUAAACAAAUUAAUCUAGAUAGUAUCCAUUUGAAGACUCCUAAAAGGUCUUCUAGCGAUUAUGACGACAGUUUCCGUGAAACGGUAGAAAAUGAAGUAGAUGAUGUUAUUAAAGAAGCUGAAGAAAUUGUUAACAAUAGAUUAAGUAAUUCUGAUACACUCUUAGAAGAUAAAUUUAGUAAAAACUUUACUAAUAAAGAUUUAGACGAAAAAGCUGAUAGUAUAUUUGACGAUGUAAGAACAAAUACUGAAGAUUCCCUAGAUAAUUUAGAAAGCCUUAAGGAGGAUUCAAUUUCUGUAAUACAAGAAAAAAGCGAAGAAGCUUUUAGAUUUUUAGAAAAUGAAGCUUCUAGUCCAUUAACCAAUAAAUUUGAGGAUAGUAGAUCAUUCAUAGAACGGGAAAUAGAAUAUUCAUUGUCAGAUGAUAUAUCUCAAAAAUCUCCUAAGACUCCUAAGAGCUCUAUACCAGUAGCGAAACCGAGAAAAAGUGUACAAAAUGAAAAAAUAGAAAUUAUCGAAGAAAGGGCAGUUUCACCAACUGAUUCAGAAUUACUAUCCAAAAUACCUAUAAUUAAAGGAGGAAAAGUAAAAACUAUAAAAAAACAUUCAAAAGAUCCUUUAAAAGAAUUUGUUAAUCUAUCUAGAGACGUUAAUUGGGAUGAUGAUAUUGAAACAAACAAAAUGAUAGAAACGGUAACAACAGAUCCUAUAGUAAAGACGACGGUUACAAGAAUAACUACUGAAACGAUACCCGACAAUGCAAAGAGUAAAAUACCUAUCCCACAUCCAGAUGUAUUACAUUUAACUAAUACGACUAGUGAACCAUUAGAAUUAGAAGGAUCACCAAAAAGUAAAAUACCCGUAUUUGUAACUGAAACAACUAGACUUACUUCUCCUGAAACAGUACAAUUAGAAAAAUCCGUGCUAUCGCCAGAUGGUGUACGAAUAGUUGAAUCGACUACUUCAGUAAACUCUCCAGGAUCAAAAGUAUCGACGAAGAGUAGCACAUUAGAUUCCGAAUCAGACGAUGAUAGCAGGCGGAGUCCUUUGAAGGGAAUACUUAAGAAAACUCACGUAAGAACUAUCGGAAGCUCGAGUGGAUCUGAUAUAGCUCUGCACGAAGAGGGAGCUGAACUGAGCGAAGACGAAUCAGAAGACUUCUAUCAGCAAGAACCGCAGUUUACUGUCGUCACACAAGAGGUAGUUGAUCCUGUUACAGGUGCAAAAAUUACUCGAACAAUCAAAACAGCUACACAAUUCAUCACAUCUCCACUGACACAAAGUGAAACGGACUUGAGACAUUCAAUGCAAACUACUUUGGAUCAAUUUAUGGAACAGGAGCGGAAUCCACAUUAAAUUUUUUCCAUUAUAUUCGUUUUGCGACAAUAUAAUGAUUACUUAAAACUUUCAAAAGCCACCGAAAAUAUUUCAAUGAAAAAUAUUCACACAAGUGCAUGUGUGUAUUAUAUAAGUUCGUUUGAAGAUCAUUAUGCAUAUGAAAAAUACAAAGGAACUAAACUUCAUCGGUAAUCAUUCAAACAUAUAUCUCAAUUACAGUGGAUUAAACGGACUAAUUGUCGUCGUUAGGGAUUCGGAUAAUCGGAUUUAUGAAGAAAAGCGGGUUUUGUGCGUUUUGUCCGCCUGCAACGUGCUGUAGAAGUAAAAUUCCUGCGUCGGUCUGAGAGACCGAUAUCUAAAAAAGUCAAAUAAUAUUGUCAGUUGUUAUUUUUUUUGCGGUAACAAGUCCGUUAUACAUCUUUUAUUAAGCCUCGCUAAAUUUUUUAUACAUUUUAUUAUACUUUUGUGGCACAAAAUAACCAUGUAAUUAUACAUACCAUAGAACAGCAUUAUAUUUGAUAAUGGGCAUACAUAAAACAAAAUAAUAUUUUUCAGUUGACAAACGUCUAGGAGGAUUAAUUUAAUGUACAAACUAAACAGAAAAUAUGUAUUAUUCAUAUAAGUAUAUUUAGACUAACAUUCAUAACUGGAACUACUCAUCGGUAUCUUCCCCUGUAUAACAGUCAUGAUAAAUUUCAUUGAGGUGUUCUAAGCAAAGGAACCGGCUACAUUUUAGACAUUUGUACCUGGUUUUUCUAUUUUUCUUGGACGAAUAUAGCAGACAUCGGUCAUAAAUUUGAUUUUGGUUAUCAGGAACAUUUUGAUUUUGAUUUUCUUUUCCACAUAUUUCCCGGAGGCGCAAUCGAAUUGUACGUGGAAGUCUCUUAUUUGUAGAUCUUCUUAAAAUAUGAUCCUGUACAAGCUCAUAUCCUAACUGCUCUUAAAAUUUUCGGCGUCGAAUUGAUGUUUGGUUGUUGCUCUUGAAGACUAUGCAUGAAUUAAUACCUGCCACAUUCAAAAGUUCAUAAGAAAUAACAAGUGGCCAUCUACGAGUUACUCGUGCACAGUUGUAAGCUUCAGACAUUUGGUUCACUACAUCGACAUCACCUUUUGUGUGAUUGUAAUCUACGAUUAUUUCAGGCUUUCCCGUUGUUGUAUCCAAUUUAUCACCAUGGUGCAUCGUUGACAAAACAAUGACACAUUUGUUCUUACUUGGAACGUAGGACGCUAAAGUGGACGUUUCGUCAAAGGCAAACAUUAAACUCUUCUCUGGUCUUCGGGUCAUAAGUUCUGAAGGUAUCUGUGGCUUAUUCUUGCCCAUUGUAUCUAUUAUUGUCAGAUGAUAAUCACGCAAAAGUGUGUAGGCAACAACGUUACUUGUAAAAAAAUUGUCCAUUGUUAUAUUGCUUCCACGGACAGGUUCACAUAACCGACAAACUAGUGCAAGAUUCGUAUUGUCAACAGCAAGAGGUCCUUGUGGUUGUUAUCCCAAGUAUACUUCCAACUUGAUUACAUAAAAUAAUUUAGCAUCAUCUAAGGCAUAAAUUUUUAUAACUUACCGAUUUGGCUUGUUUGGUAUGUAUACCUUGAAUGUAUAACGACCUUUAAAUGAAGCUAAUACUUCAUCUAUAGUUAGAUAAGCUGAAGGAAUAUAAAUAAUUCUUGGGUAAAUUUGAUACAAACUCGUCAAAAAUCUCACAAAAUGCAGCAAAUUUGUCAAAACUUUGUCUUUGAGUUCUUGUGUUUUUUUGGUCAAAACGAAUGUGGGCCAAGAGAAACUGAAAUCUUCUUUGGCACAUUGUUAAUUUAAAUAUUUCCAUCGCCAUCUCGUUGCCUCUAAAUAAAUCUUCAAUAUUUUGACGGCCACUUUUGUUAGCACCAGAAAUGUAUAGUAGACCAAUAAAGGCUUUCAGUUCUAUUGGAUCGGUGGUGUUAUGAGUCCUUAAGUCCUUAGUGUCAUAUAAUUUAGAUCGGAUGUACUCAUUCGAGUAAGAAACUAUUUUUUCUAACAUAGUACUCGUCAUGAAUAUUCCCAUAUUUCAGAUGCUUUUUUUCAAUUUAAUUUCGCCCUUUGGCCCCGGUAAAUGAGGCACUAUGUUCAUCGUGCGUGUUUUCAUAUUUGGUUUGUAGAAAACAUGUUUUCGCCACUUUGAGCCGUCUUUAGAAACAAAAUACGGAGUUCUGUACGUUGCUAUUAACAAGUAUCGGAAGGACCGUCCUGUAAACGAUUCAGCAAUGAUGCUUAAAUCGGUUAGAGCACAAAACAGAAUCGUUGUUCAACAAAUGUAGGUAACUUUUUCUAAGAAUAUUAGCAAUAGCAUUUUUUUCAACUAUUUGGUUGAUGCAUUUUCCUGCUCUAUAGCAGACAAAUAAACAUGUCUUAUCAGUUUUAGACCAUAGCGAUUUAUAGUUUCCAUAAAUGUCAGUAUAAUUAGAACCACUCCAUGACGUCACUUUUACUUUUCUUCCCUAGAAUGGAAAGUACCACUUUGUUUCCUACAAGAAAGAGAUUCGUUGGAAAAAUUUUUGGUAGGAUAAGGGAAAUUUUUUUUUAGGAGGCAGGUUUGUAGGAGUUGACCCUGAUAUAGGAGUUGCUCCUCUGCAGGGUUACUUCCUACAAUGAGGAUAAGAAAUUUAUACUUUGGAUAGGGGUAGACAGGAAAAUUUAUUUCUACAUUAAUAUUAGAUAUUGUUCAGACAUUAGGAAUUAUUUAUUCUUCGUUCCCAAAAGUUUUUGAUUUUAAAUAAUAGAAAAAAGUCCUCCAAAUCGCAGCUGAUCCUGUCGACUCUAAGAGGAAAAAGUCUUUGAAAAUAACACUGAUAUAACAAUUUAUCACCUAUUUCAAAUAUAUGAAUGGAUACUUUUUAUUCUCUGAAUUGGUAACUGAGAAUUGAUAUCUGGGGUCAAUAUUAAGUAGCACUAUGGCAAUUGAUAAUUCUAUUUUCACUAGAAACAGAUUGUUCCUAUAUUUUCAUAUAUAGCGGAAUGAAACUAGUAUUUUCAACACAGGUGUUUAAGAAAGGAAUAUAUGCACAUGCACUUAUCAAAAUUACUUUACCUAAAAUUCGACUUUGUUGAAUUACUGUUUUCGGUAAACUAUUUUAUUUUUUCUAUAUUCGAUUCUAGAAUUUUUAUAUGACCAAUUUUCAAAGUUGUGAGAUUUUUAAAUGUUUAUUGUAUAGCAAGUUAUUAAUUAAAAGUAAUUUAGAUAUAUAUUGUAUAUUUUACUAUUUUAAAACACUUUAAUAUCUAUUUAUUAACAGGAGACAGAGAUUAUCAUAGUUAAAGUAAUUUCAAAAUUUAAUGAUCAAAAUGUAUAUCGAAAAAUUUAAACUUUCUAAUAAUUGUGAUAAACUCUGCAGUGUUCAGCUUAAAUAAAUUCCAAUUCGAAGAUGAGUAAUUUUUAGAAGGUUACAUAAUAUAUAGCUCAUAGAUUACGGUUUUUACUUAAAAUUAUUUUAGGUAAAUGAUUCUUUUUCAGUAUCCUAUCUCAUUAGGGAGUAUAUAGGUGCAUUCAGUUUAUUAAAUCGAGGGGUACUAAUGUUUCUGUCAUAGUAUAUAGGUGUAAAAGUUUUAUUGGUAGUUAUCUAGAUUACCCUCAGAUUUCGUUAAAAUUUUGGUGUUAUAGAGAAAAUAAAGCUUAACAAUAGAGUACGGUACCAUCCCUUCAGGUACUUUUUUUCGUUUAGAAAUGAAAUAAUAAUAAUAACCUAGCCUAACUUAAAAAUUAUUACACUUUUUAGGUUAGGUUACUACUUGAUUCUUCAAACUGAACAAAGUACCUCAAGGGAUGGUUUCCGCACCCUAUAUAUAUGUUUAUUUAGAAGCAUUAAUAUAUCAAAAGGUUCAAGACAUAAGAAAUUUAUAAUUUUCUCUAUAACAUACUAAAAUUUUCACGAAAUCGGAGGGGUAUCACCUAACCUAGAUAAUUACCGUUUUAUUAUAUAGAUAUUAAUAUAUAUUAGAGAAUUAUGCUUUAAAAAUUGAAAUUAUUGUAGAAAUUAUAUCUUUCUGUAAUAUAUAUAUUUUUUUUGGACUUAAAA